AUGUAUGCCAAGAAGUCUGAAGAACAGGGGCCACGCAGAGGAAGGUCCUUUGACUCAGUGAAAUCUGCUUAUGAGGAGAAGCUCAACAGAGAAGUGACGCUGACGAAAUUUGAUGAGAAGCAGGAUAAUAGGAGCAUCUCCACUGGAAGAUCCACUGGCUCUGAGAAAGGCGCUGUAACCAUCGUCUUCUCACUGAAAAAUGAAGUAGGUGAUCUUGUCAAGGCGCUGAAGCUUUUCCAGGAAAAACAUGUCAACCUUGUUCAUAUCGAGUCCCGCAAGUCCAAACGAAGGAAUUCCGACUUUGAGAUCUUUGUGAAUUGUGACAGUGAGCAUGAACAGCUCAAGGAGCUGACUCAGCUGCUGAGGAGGCAUGCUGAUAUUGUUGAGAUUAUUCCAUUUGAGAACUUCACUCUGCCUGUUGACGAUCUGGCUGGUGUGCCCUGGUUCCCUAAGAAGAUCUCUGAUUUGGAUCUGUGUGGUAACAGGGUUUUGAUGUAUGGCUCUGAGUUAGAUGCUGAUCAUCCGGGAUUUAAAGACAACAUGUACCGUAAAAGAAGGAAAUAUUUUGCCGAUUUGGCUAUGAGCUACAAACUUGGCGAGCCAAUUGCUCGUAUAGACUUCACAGCAGAGGAGGUGCGUACAUGGGGUGUGGUAUUCAGGGAGCUCAACAAGCUGUACCCUAGCCAUGCCUGCAAGGAGCACCUGAAGAAUCUUCCUUUGCUGAGCAAAUACUGUAACUACAGCGAGGACAACAUCCCCCAGCUGGAGGACGUCUCACACUUCCUAAAGGAGCGCUCUGGCUUCAUCAUUCGGCCUGUAGCGGGCUACCUCUCCCCCAGAGAUUUUCUUGCGGGCCUGGCCUUCAGAGUGUUCCACUGCACUCAGUAUGUCCGCCACAGCUCUGAGCCUUUGUAUACACCUGAACCAGACACGUGCCAUGAGCUGCUGGGUCAUGUUCCUCUGCUGGCUGAGCCCAGCUUUGCCCAGUUCUCUCAAGAGAUUGGUCUGGCAUCGCUGGGAGCUUGUGAUGAUGCUGUACAGAAACUGGCCACAUGUUAUUUCUUCACAGUGGAGUUUGGUCUAUGUAAGCAGGACGGCAGGCUACGGGCCUAUGGAGCUGGACUCCUCUCCUCCAUCAGUGAACUCAAGCAUGCUUUGUCUGGCAAAGCCCAUAUCCUUCCAUUUGACCCCGUGGUGACCUGUAAUCAGGAGUGCUUAAUAACAACGUUCCAAGACGUUUACUUCAUUUCUGAGAGUUUUGAGGAAGCCAAGAACAAAAUGAGAGAGUUUGCCAAGACUAUUUGGCGUCCAUUUACAGUCCGCUACGACCCCUACACCCAGAGUGUGGACGUCCUAAAGGACACCAGCAGCAUCAAUAGCAUGGUGAAAGACAUUCGGCAUGAGCUGGACAUCGUAGAGGAUGCCCUGAGCCGACUCAACAAACACCUGAAAGUAUGAGGGGGCUGUUAUGAGAGUCUGAAGAGAUUAAAUGGAGUAUAAAUGGGUGGGAAUGUGUGAGGUUCGACUGGGAUUGGGGGGUAGUUUUGUGAGAAUCUACUGCUGUCGUGAUUAGAUAAACUUGAUCAGAGUUGUCUUUUCCAUAUACAGGUACUGGCUUGGCUUGACUCUGUUUGACUUAGCAUGUCUGCCCAGUGCAGAACUGAUUUGCAUUUACAUACAACAGGGCUACCUGCUCAUAGGUGUCUUUAACAGAUGACACGCGUCAUUAUGGUGUAAUUCUGGUCAACAAUUUUCUUGUACUGUUCGCACUGGGUUUUUUUUUUUUUUUUUUUUUUUUAAAUAAUGACUUCAAAAUUCAAAGCCCCUGGAAAUGUGACUUGAAAUAGUAACAAUGCUCAUAUUAUAUCAAUGUUGAGUGUCUCGUUAAGUAUCUACAAAAAUCGAAGUGAAAAAAAAGUGUUCCCAGCUAUUAGAAAACCAAGUUGAAAACAGCUCAUUUUGAAGAAAAUAGCUUUGCUCCAGACUGUGUGGGCAUGGCAGGUCAUGUUUUGAUUGACACCUCCUUGGAUCCCGCCUUUGUCAACUGUUCUUUGUCUCCACGACAGCCAUGGAGCAAAGCAGAGUGGGUGUGGCACACUCUAUCUGUUCCAGCCCUCUGACUCUGGCUGCUUUCCUAAAUCCAAUCUGACGCUCUACACUAACAUGAGAGAGCUGCUUUUCAAAGCCACGGAGCGUUCUGUUUCUACAUGAGUUAACGGUUAAGUUCAUACACAUUCACUCCAUUCGGCUCUUUGCUGCUACUUCUCCCCAGAUAGACUGCCCAGAGUGCACUCUGACACUCCCAGAGUGCACUGCUCUGGAUAACUGAGUGGUAAAUUCCAACAGCACUCUGA